GUUGGCAUUUGACAGUCUUGCCUCCGAAAACCCAGCAAUUCAGUUCUCCUUCUUCUGAAUCGGGAAAAUGAAAAACCCUUUGAAAAUCAAAUUCAAAACCCAUUGAAAUUUCUUCUAUUGUUGUAAAGAAAAGGGAUUCGGACAUUCGAUUCUCUUGUGCUAUAGGUACAUUAUAAAAAUUAUUAUCGGUUGAAGUAGUGAUAUUCAGGAUGAAGUUUGGCGAAACGUUUACAGAGUAUAGGCAGACGCAUCAAGAGAGGUUUAUGGAGAAGUGCCGCUACGUUGAGUAUAAACGCCUCAAGAAAGUGUUGAAAAGUUGCAGGAGAUGCAGGGCUGUCAAGGAUUCUUCCACCGAUGAUAAUGGUGAAGAAGAUGAGUCGUCUUUGUUUUGGCAAUAUGAAUCUUGCCCAUUGUGUGAUCAGAUGUUCUUCUCUGAAUUGAUGAAAGAGGCUUCUGAUAUAGCUGGAUGCUUUAGUUCAAGAGUGAGGCGCCUCCUCCAAUUCCAUGUCCAUAAUGGAAUGCAAAGAUAUGUAACAUUUUUGCGCCAGUGUUUUGCAAGCCCCCAGCAAGCUACGGCACAAGAGUGUCGGAUGUUAAUAGAAUAUGCUAUGAUGAAUGCUGUAGCCAUGCGGAAAAUACUCAAGAAGUACGAUAAAGUACACGGUUCAGAAAAUGGAAGGAAGUUCAGGUCUAAAAUGCGGGCAGAGCACAUGGAAAUUCUGCAAUCUCCUUGGUUAAUAGAACUAGGGUCUUUUUACGUGAAUUUUAAUGAAUCUAGUGGUGGAAGCUCUGGUGGAACCCGUAAUCCGUUCUCUUUUGAUUUAACUGCUACAGAGCCCACAAUGACUUUGAUUCUUCCAGAUUCUGUAAAGUUAGAAUACAAUCUAACUUGUGCAAUAUGCUUGGAGCUAGUUUUCAACCCAUAUGCCUUGAGUUGUGGGCACCUCUUCUGCAAAUCCUGCGCUUGCUCUGCAGCUUUCGUAAUGAUUUUCCAAGGCCUCAAGGCUGCAAAUCCAGAUUCAAAAUGCCCCUUAUGCAGGGAGGUGGGUGUAUAUAGUAAUCCUGUCCACAUGAUGGAGCUGGAUUUGCUCCUGAAGAAAGACAGUUGCAAUCAAUACUGGAAGGAGAGGCUGGCUGCUGAACGUGCAGAGACGGUUAAGCAAUCCAAAAUCUACUGGGCACUGCAAACCAAAUACAUGGUUGGAUUUUAAUGUCACACUUCUCAGAUGUUCCCGACUGGAUCAUGCUAGCAGCCUGAAUGUCAAACUCCCUUCAGAGCAAACAUCUCUUGCGAUAUCUAUCGCUGCAAAGCUGAUUACUAUGAUUGCUGAUGUUAUUUGGUUCUUGUUGAUCCUGUUGCCUGAGAGUCACAAGCAUGAACCAGGCACAGAUUGUUUUGCAGUAAAGGCCAGGUUUCUGCAUCACCUGGGGCUGGAAUUUGAAGAGUUUCCUCAGUUAAAAUUUUUUGUGGUACCUUAGUGGAAUGUAGGGAAGUUCUGUUCUUUAUUUAGCUGAUUUUGGUUUAUCAAUUUCUCAUGUUAUCUUUUCUCUUUUUAAUGUAAAUUUCAAUAAAAAAGACUAAGGAAAAAGUUGUGGUGAAAGUAAAUUUGAUCAAAAUUAUUUUAUUUCAAAUGCAAAU